UUCACCGAGUCAGGCUCACAAUUUACAAGGAUCCGCGUUUUUGAUAUCCAGCUGUAUGAAAAACCUGGUCUCUCCACCGCGUCACCACCAAGAGUAAGCACGAAUGCUACACCAUUCCAAAGUACCAUGCCCGGAUCUGAACCAAAAGAUGCAUCAACUCAAGGCCCAGGAGGCUCCAACCCAUCUUUAAUUCCAGCAUUGUCUUCGGCCAUUGUGUUAAUCCUGAUCAUCAUGGUUAUAAUAGCUGUCUUUGUGCUUAGACGCAGGAGGUUCCGAGACCCGAAGGUGACUGAGCCAGUGGAUCAAGAGGACGACGACCCUAAUUUGUACAACAACCCAGUCUACUGUUCUAAAGAUGACGGUCUUCCUAUUCCAGAUCUUAUCAUCAGUACGAACUCCCACACCGGCAGUUUAUCCCAAGCACGGCAUCCGUCGACUUACAUGGACAAUCAAUAUGAAGAGUUUGAAGGCGAUCGUCACCCUGUAACCAACGCAGAUGGUUCUGCGUCACACCCGGAUGCCCUUAGAGACACCACGGCAGAGAGUAACACGCUGAACUCAAAUCCAUAUUAUACACUCGAAGAUCCAUCCAAUCAGGGUGGAAACACUAAGGCCCAUGACGAAGGAGACUAUCAUACUUAUGAACAAGCCCAAGGACCACAAACCUCAAAGAAGCCCGGCAGAAUAAACAAGGGACAAACAGGAACCGAUGACGUUUAUCAGGAGUUGAACAAUACGUCACUAUCAAUUGAUCCAUACUCUUCCCUUGCUAGUCCGAACAGCGGUUUGCCCAAGAAAGAACUGCAUAAUGGUGGGACACAGGGACAAUCGGAUGGUUCUGCUGUUCUCGACGAUGAGGAGGAGUACAAUGCGCUUACUUUCAAUAAAUCGUCAGAUAUCACGCGGGCGCUGAAGAAACCAAUUUCUGGUGGUGAGAAUGUGAACAAUGGCUAUGGUGUCCUUGACCUGCCAGAGCAGAAAGACUUUAAAGUAUCUGUCAACCCUCCCCAACUUCACAACGACGAUGUGUAUAAUACCCUUGAGGAGGGUCCACAAGAGCCAAUGAACGGAAAACAACAAGCUACAGACCAAUCUUCCGGAUACCAAGCUCUUAAGCUUGGACAAUCGAACAUUCCAAUAUCUCACCGAGUUCUUAACCUCAAGAUGGGAUCUACAGACGAUGGGUCCACUGGAGGAUACCAAAGUCUUUCACCAGGCACCAGAGGUCCAGGACCUAAGGCAGGAUCAUACGAAGGGGAUCAACCGGGUGAUGAAUCAGAAUACCAUAGCUACCAAGACCCGAGUCAAAUGAACCAAGAUGGAUCUGCUCGCACACCUACAGAGCUACAUGUCUUCUCAAGUGACAAUUACAAUAUUCUCAAUUCUGUAAAAGAAGUUGGAGAUUACCAUGGCUACCAAGACCCGAGUGAAAUGAACCAGGAUGGAUCUGCUCGCACACCUACAGAGCAGGAUGUCUUCUCAAGCAACAAGUACAAUGUUCUCAAUUCUGGAAAAGAAGUUGGAGAUUACCAUGUCUACCAAGCGACGGAUGAUACUGGUGUGGAUGAAGUGAAUUACGAAAAUUUAGACUCCAAGAUGAGUCGUGAGGAUGAAUAUUCUGAGAUAGAUCAGAGCCAAAACCACGCGCCCUGGACAAUAGAUAAUGCCACAUUCGAACCGAUAUAUAGCGAUGAAGUGUACUCGGAAUUUCAGUGAACUUAGGGCAGCCUUCAACUGGCUAAAACACUAGUGUAUGAUUAAACAUGUAGAAGCGCUGUGAUGACAAAGGUCAUUGCCUCAUUGUUAACACUGUAUGAUAAACAAGCGAGUGAUGUAUGUGCUACCACAAUAAUGUUCUUUUCGGGAAAUACAAGCUUUGUAAAUAUAGCAGUAAACUAGGAGGUUUGAAAUGUGCAUUAUAUCGUAGGCCCUAUUUCACGUAAAUUAUUCAGGACUAACGAUUUACAUGAAACAAAAUAUGUCCGGUGCGGAGUGUCCUUAAAUAUUUUCCUAUACGUGCGAAUAUUGUCAGCUUAUGUAAUAUCAAAUGUGAAGGUGGAUGUAUGCGAGUGAGCGUGUGUGCUUGUGUAUGCGUGAUUGGAUGUGUGUGUAGAUGGUUUGUAUGAGGGAAAAUAUGCAGAAUCCUUUCUUUGUGAGAAAAAUAUUAAUUCCGAGAAAAAAUAUUUAAGUAGAAGGUUUUUCAUAUGAGUGAUACACUUUCCUGUGUUUUAAUGGCAGACUCGUGUAUGCACUAAGUAGCUUGUAUUAGCAUGUAUCUGGUUCGGUCGUAUUGUUUUUACAUUUUUAAGUACCCUGAUUAUCUUUAUUUCAAGGAAUUAAUUUACUAUGCUGUACAUAAAUACAACGACAUUCUCUUUGUAUAUAGGAUUUUAAUUAUUUCAAUUUGUCAUUUGUAAGACAAUUUACAACAAAGAUCUUGAGGCGAUGUUAAUUCAGUGUUAUAAUUUCCAAUACACCGCUGUUCAUAUGAGCCCAUUGCUUACUGGAACCUGGU